UAGAGUUCACCGGCUCUAAAAACCAACAAUUUCUUGUAAGAUUUUGCAUGGAUUCACUUCUAUAAUAUAAUGUCCUUUUGUUUCUUGUAUUUGUGUUUUGGUUUGGCUCUUUGUAACAUUCGGCAAUCCCUCCAGUCCGUCCAACUGUGGACAACAAUGGAAAUUUUUGUUAUCUGUAUAUGAGAACAAAACAAUGAUCUUUCAAAGGAAAAAAACAAAAGACUCUGAUGAUAUCUAUGAUCCUGAAAAUGAUAAAAUUCCUGGGACAGUGCGUUGCUUCUUUCUUCAUCCAUUUGGCUCCUGAAGGCAGGUUUUGCUCUUGAUUGCAGCAAAGAGAGUUUCAUAUUUGGGUGGAACAAUGGCUUUUGGAAUCAAAGAAAUGGGUACUAUAGUGGCAGUGCUUGGUGUCACAGCUUUCAUACUUGGAAUUAUUGCAGAAAACAAAAAGCCUGCAUCUGGUGUUCCAACGAUUUCUGGAGGAGUUGUUAUUUGCAAGUAUCCAUCAGAUCCAACAGUCUAUUUAGGAUUCUUAUCCAUCUCAUCACUCGGAGCAGCUGUGGCGAUUGGUUUAUAUGCCAUAUUUCAUCCUUACAGAGGCAUAUCUGUUCCUCUCAAUGUUUUCUUCAGAAACACUAAAUUCUUUGUGUUUUUCAACAUAACUGUGUGCUUGUCCUUGUUUGCUGAAGGGAUGUUGUUGUGGACAACAAUCACUGAACUCAAGCACUUGACUAGCAAUGUACAUCACAACCUGCAAACGACUUGCCCCACAGCAAAGACUGGUCUCUUUGGGGGCGGCGCCUUCUUGGCUCUAGAUGCUUCCCUCUUCUGGUUGAUAUGCCUGACGCUAGCUGACAAUGCGAGAGACGACUACUUUGACGAAGAAGAGAACAAUAGAGGUGAAUACGGUCAGGUUCUCACCACAGAUUAUGCUGCAAGGGGACAAGGCAAUGUUGCUUGACAAUGUUUCCAGGGAUAAACACACACAAGUGAACGAUUUUCAUAGACUGGUUUGUAUCGUAUUUAUAUGUAUGUAGUUUUAGACAAUCAAGAUGCUUGAAACAUGGUGGAUGAAUCUCUGUACAGAGAGAACUCUGCAGGAGUGACUAUGAUCUCUCCAUUGCUUCUCCUGUCAUCUCAGUUUGCUUAUUUAAGUAACAAAAAGGGAUAGUAGCCAAUCUCUGCUGUGUUUGUCCCUUCGGUCUGUGACUGUGGUUGUGCCAAAGAUUGUAAAAUGUUUAUGCUCACCAAAAUGGGCAACAGA